AUGUUAUCCCCGGAUUGUGAAAAAAAAGAUAAUGACAGUAGACCGGAUUCUUCAGAAGAUGACCCCAUUACCCCAAUUAUACAUCCAGCUCUAUCAGCUGAUCCCUCUGAUCCUGGGAAAUGUUCUCCUGAUCACUCUGAUAUUGGUGCAUCUGUUACAGCUCUGACAGUAGAUACAGUGUUUCCCUGUUCUAUAGAUGCCAAAUGUUUUACACAGAACACAAACCUUAUUACCCAUCAAUCAGCUAAGGCAGGUGAGAGGCCAUUUCCAUGUUCUGAGUGUGGUAAGUGUUUUCCAUACAAAUCAGUUCUUGUUAAUCAUCAGAGAAGUCACACAGGUGAGAAGCCAUUUUCUUGCUCUGAGUGCGGGAAAUGUUUUACCCUGAAAUCAAAUCUUGUUGCACAUCAGAUAAGUCACACAGGUGAGAAUCCAUUUCCAUGUUCUGAGUGUGGGAAAUGUUUUACAUCCAAAUCAGCUCUUGUUAGACAUCAGAGAAGUCACACAGGUGAGAAGCCAUUUUCUUGCUCUGAGUGCGGGAAAUGUUUUACCCUGAAAUCAAAUCUUGUUACACAUCAGAGAAUUCACACAGGUGAGAAUCGAUUUCCAUGUUCUGAAUGUGGGAAAUGUUUUACCCAGAAAUGA